AUGGCCGAAUCUCCGCUCAGCUGCAAGGCUCAAGCAGAGGCUCAAGCUCCGCCCACGGCUGUGGUUGCGGCUAGCGCGGAGCCCCGGGGGUUGCGGGGGUUGUUCGGAGGAGGCCCGGGCCUGGGGCUCCCGGGCGCAGGGAGGAGACGAAGCCUUGGCUCUAGCGCCAUGAGCGGAGCGGAGCAGGUGGGCGACCGCCUCUCAGGCCCUCGCCCACAGCCCCAGCCUCAGCCUGGGCGAUCGAUGGGCCCCCGCACCUUCACCAUCGACAGCAUCCUCCGCCCGGAUCUGCGGGGGGCGCCGCGGCCUGGCUACUGCUGGGGACCGCAGGGACCUAGCCCAGCCCACGAGCCUCAGCAGUACGAGGACCCUGAGGAGGAGGAGGAAGCGGUGGCCGUGGAGGUCGGGAGGCGCGAUCUCGGCUCGGGGAGUCUUGGGCCCAGGGAACUGCCCUGCCCCAGAGGGAGCAGCCCGGACACCACAGAUCGCAGCGAGUGCCGAGCUGGCCCGUCCUCAGGGCCGCAGUCGAGCAAAAAGAAGACGAGGACCAUCUUCUCCAAGAGUCAAGUGUUCCAGUUGGAGGCCACAUUCGACGUGAAACGCUACCUGAGCAGCGCUGAGCGUGCGGGCCUGGCGGCCUCCCUGCAGCUCACCGAGACGCAGGUGAAAAUCUGGUUCCAAAACCGCAGGAACAAACUCAAGAGACAGCUGGCUGCCGAACCCGACGGGCCAGUGGGGACCCAGGCGUCCGAGCAGGCCUCGGAGCUGCCGGCCCUUUAUAAGGACUCGGCCUUCCUCAGUCGCUACUUGCUGCCGCUGUCCCUUCCCCUCCUGUACCCCGGGCACAGCUUCCCCUACCUCUGCCUCCCCCGGCCAGGCAAAUAUUUCAGUCUGCUCGAUGGAGACGUAUAAUUGCCUACUUUUUUCUUCCCUCAUUUGCUCGAUUUUCCACCCCCAACAUAUACAUUUUUUUUCACCUUUCUACCUUGUUUCUCUCAGACUUUUUUAGUCUCUUUUUCUUCUCCAUCUUUCUCUUUUCUUCAUCUCACCUCUCUUUUUCUAAUUUUCCUUUCUUUUUCUCUUUUCUGAAUCUUUCCAGUUCUUUCUUUUCUUCUUCCUCUCUCUCUUAUCUCCAUAUUUUCCUUUAUUUCCUUUUAAUUCUCACUAAAUCCCAAAUCCCAGAGUCUCCCAUCUCCCUUAAUUUUUGUGUCCUUUAAUUUAUCUCCUGGAAAGUAUUGCCUCUUCCUCUUCCCCGUUUGCUUAUUUCUUCAAUUUCAAGCCCCAGUUACCAAAUAUUUCUAUGCAAACAUCUGGCUUUUCUGAGGGAUUUAUUUUCCCUCUGCCCCACUGUUUCUCCUCAUCUCCCUACACUGUUUUCAGAUCCAGUUACAAUGACAAUCUUUAUUCCAAGACUAGGUUUCCCCCCCCCCCCCCUGGAAAUUCCCCGAUGGGGGAAAGAGUGCAGAUCAUAGCUUAUGUCUCCUUCUGUGGGCCAGUGACCUACGCAAAGUUCUGUAGAUCAAGGGACAGAAUCUAAGAUCCCUACAGGAGGCUGAAGCUCAUCUCCAGGAUCCCAGGAUGGGUCUGGGUCCUUCCCAGGCUGCUCUGGCAUUGGUGGAUUUGAUCCUAUUUUGUUGGAUUGGCUGCCUGCAGCCCCUACCCUUCCCGCCAUUCCCUGGCAACACAAGGGCUUCUGAACACUGGAUGAUGUUGGUGAGGUGGGGCCCAACAACAUACUGGGUGCAUCCCAGCGGACAGUCCCUGCAGGCAACCACGAAUCACCCUCUGCUACACCACCUCCAACCCCGACACCCAAAGCUGCCUGUUCCUGCAGCACCGACUUUUCCUCUGUUACAUCUAUACCUGUCCGAGACCCCAUUUCACUUCUCUUAUUUUCACUUCAAAACAAAACAAAACAAAAAUCCGACUCAAUUUUGUCUGCUCUCUUCGUAUUUCUAUUCAUCGCCACCCUCCCCCCAGAGAUGAUGGGAGAUUAUUAGUCUUAGAAAGAAAAGGGAAUUUCAGUUUUUGUCAAAGUCACUGCAUUUUAGUUCUCCAAAUACCCCUCUGACCAUCAAACAACCCUUGAAAGGGCUUCACAGUCCCCAUGGCAUCCC